AUGGUCGAUAACCUUCCCCAGUCCCAGCCGCCAAAGGGAAGCACCAUCUCACAAACAGCAAAAGAGCUCCAACGAGAAAUUCUUCUCAACAAUGGCGGCGACUACGCCGACCACGUUGUUUCUCUCAAGUCGAGCACUUACGGGGUCCUUAAACUCGACGACAAUGAACUGCAACAUCAAAUAGAAGAAGAUGGUGUUCCAGAGACUGAUAGUGUUAAGAGAUCGCCUCCUCGUCAAGAACCAGAGGUAAUCAAUGCCUGGGAACUCAUGGAAGAUCUAGAUGAAGAUAAGUUUUUCAAAAGGAGUCCGAAAUCGCGUGUUUUCGUUAAGGAAAAAGGUGUAAGAAGUCCACUGAAGUUCUUGAAUCAGAUCGGUUCUCCAUUGAAAGUGAAGAAGUAUGGCGGGAAAGAGAACAAAGGAAGCCCGAAAUCGAUACCGGGAGUGAAUAAUCCCAUGGAUAGUUCGUGUAAAGCAUGCGCAGUGUUGAAGUUGAGUUAUCCAGUGAAAAGCACCAUAAAUGAAGGGCUUGAAGGUGGUGACUUGGGGUUUUCGUCAAGAAGAGGUGGUUUUAGUCCCUUGUUUGAUCCGGAGCUUGUCUCUUUGUACGAGAAAGAGUUGUCAGAAGAAGAGGAACAAAUCAAGAUGAUAAGUUCACCCGAAUCCGAAUCCCAAAAAUCGAAAAAAUCUCAGGACUCAAAGGCCUUUCUUCAAGAUUUCGAGCCGAAAUGCCCAGCAGGUGGAGAAAACGCAGUUGUAGUCUACACUACAACGUUGAGAGGGAUUAGAAAGACCUUUGAGGAAUGCAACACGGUGAGAUCCAUCAUCAAAUCGUACUGUAUCCAAAUAUCCGAGCGUGAUAUAUCGAUGGAUUCCGGGUUUAAGGAAGAGUUAAGGAAGCUAACAGGCACAAAAGAAGUGAAAGUUCCACUGGUAUUUGCGAAAGGAAGGUUUAUUGGGGGAGUAGAAGGGGAAGGGAAACUUGAAAUGUUGUUCGAAGGGAUCCCCAUGGCGGUUCCCGGGUGUAAAGGCUGUGGUGGGGUGAGAUUUGUGAUGUGCAAACAAUGCAAUGGGAGCUGCAAAGUUUUAGAUAAGGAACUGAAGAAGAAGAUACGGUGUGGUGAGUGCAACGAAAUUGGAUUGAUUCAAUGCCCCAUUUGUUGUUGUGGAUAAACCCUCUUUGAUUCAUUUUGGAUUUUUGGGAUUUC